GACCAUCUUCCGACAACAAACCUUCAUAUAGAAGAACGAUAUAUAACGACCCUCCAUUGCAACACCCUGGAAAUCAACUUGGAUAUAUCGAAGCCGUGUCGAGCCACGAAUGCGCUUCUCUAGCACUGCGGGGUAACUUCAUACGCACGUAGCCUGAAUCACUGCGAAGAUAGCUUUGAUCGGAACUUUUAUCUACCAGAGCCUUUUUUAUUCAACAUGUUCUCACUAUAUGCCGUGGGCACACUAUUCGGCAGCGCCUACCUGGUUUACCAGUAUAUCAUCUUUCCACUCUUCUUAUCUCCGCUAUCGAAGAUCCCCCCAGCACACUGGAGUGUUCCAUCCUCAGCCCGAUGGAUCAACAGUCACCGUCUGAACGGUAAGACGGGACUCUCUGCAACCCUCUCUGCUCAUAAUCGGCUUGGGCCCAUCGUCCGUCUUUCCCCUGACGAGAUCUCAGUCGCUUCCAUUGACGGCCUUCGCAAGAUCUACAGCGGGGGAUUUGAAAAAGAUGAGAGCUAUGUGCAAGAAUUCACGAAUUAUGGGACGGUGAACUUGGUAUCCAUGCUGGGAAAUAGAGAGCAUGGAAUGCAGAAGCGAAUGAUAAGCCACGUAUAUUCGAAGAGUUACAUACAGAACUCCGGUGACGGGAAGAGGGCGUGGGAGAUUUUGGUUGGAAGAUUGUUGGAAGUUCUGUAUAAAGCUGAGGGAGCAGCCUUUGAUGCAUAUGGGCUAAAUCAGGGCAUUGGUGCUGACUUCAUGUCGGCUUAUUUGUUUGGAUUGGAGAAUGCAACAGACUUCAUGAGAGAUACAGAGACUAGGACGAGAAUCAGCCAAUGUUAUAGGAAGAAGUUCAAACGUUUACCUGGAGAGGCAGGGGCAACUGAAACGGUGGAGUCAUUUGUUCUGGAUCUUUGUCGAGCUGCUGCAAGGACGACCGAGCGAGAUAUCGACUCUGAGACAGGAACAAGCCCGGUUGUCUAUGCUCAGCUCUCCUCCCAAAUGUCGAAAAGGUUCUCUACCCCGAGUCCUGAGAACAAAGAGCUCUUGGUCGCUUCGGAAAUGUUUGAUCAGUUCACUGCCAGUAUCGAGACUAGCAGAAUUUCGCUCACUUACAUGGAAUGGGAACUCUCCCGUCGCCCCUCACUGCAACAGUCCCUUCGUCAGGAGCUGCUUACACUUUCUCCGCCAAUCCAAGUUGGCGAAUCGCAACUGCCCGACCCGAAAAGCAUCGACUCUCUUCCACUGCUAAAUGCAAUCCUCAAAGAGACACUUCGUCUCUACACACCAUCACCUGCAACACUGACACGUAUCACCCCUCCAGUCGGGACAACAAUCGAAGGCUAUUUCAUCCCAGGAAAUAUUGUGAUCGGGACUUCAGGCGGAUGCAUGCACCAAAACUCUUCAGUAUUUCCCGAACCGCAAGAAUUCAAGCCAGAACGAUGGCUUACAGAAGAUGAGGAGAAGCGAAAGGAGAUGAAUAGAUGGUUUUGGGCGUUUGGCAGUGGGGGACGAAUGUGUAUCGGAAGCCAUUAUGCAAUUCAUAUGCUGAAACUUAGCAUCGCGGCCAUAUAUUCUAAUUUUGAGACGGAGAUUGUCGAUGACGAAGGUAUUGAACAAGAAGAUGCCUUCCUUGCUGGUCCGGUCGGCGAGAAGCUUGUCCUGCGGUUUCGUGCUUUAGCUUCGCGAAGUGAUCAGGAGCAAACUUAAAGUUAGAGUUCCUUCGUAGACGAUAAUACUUUGUGUUGCAUGACCGGAAUCUCGACACCUCCCAACCCUCUGGCCCACGUGACCCCGCGCCGCCUUUGCUCAGGCGGCUCAGGCGGCUCAGGCUUGGCUCAACUUCGGCUCAAGUCUGCUCAGGUCUGCUCACCCAUCUCACCAGAAAUCGGCAACUUUUAACGAGGAGCCCGAAAAGGCCCCCUUUCCCAACCAUGUUCCCACUGUACAGUUAUCCUGGUCUGCCUGUCUUCAUACGUGGGACCUUUUUCUGCCUUCAGGUUGUUUUACGCCGUCCUCUGCGUUUUGCCUCGG